CAUCAUUCACGGCGCAACAAAGAGUAUCGAUAUUCUUUUGAUCGGGUCUUGGACGAACAAACAUCACAGCAGCAACUUUUCGAGGUGUCAUCUAAACCACUUAUUGACUAUGUUCUUGAUGGAUACAAUGCCACAGUGUUUGCAUAUGGAGCUACUGGAUGUGGUAAAACACAUACCAUCACUGGAUCACAGUCAGAUCCAGGAAUUAUUCCAAAAACGGUCCAAGAACUCUUCUCUCGACUAAAAACUCUCGAGUCUGAUAUGAAUUACACCACCGACGCAUCUAUUUCGUAUCUAGAAGUAUACAAUGAAACCAUCAAGGAUUUGCUCUCUCCAGGCCCACCAUUAGAUCUACGUGAAGACAAUUCCCGUGUUAUUGUGGCUGGGUUAUCAGAGCAUACACCUGCUACAAUCAAUCAGGUCAUGGAUCUACUUUUGCGUGGAAAUGAACAUCGCACAAAAGCCCCUACUCUGGCAAACGCAGUUAGUUCUCGUUCGCAUGCAGUGCUCCAAAUUCAUCUGCGCUAUAGAGAUAAGUCUCCAUCUGGAGUGGCUACCGUUAAAGUAUCCACUCUUAGCAUCAUUGAUUUGGCUGGAAGUGAGCGUGCAUCAGUAACUAAAAACACUGGAGAUAGGCUGUUGGAAGGUGCAAAUAUCAAUCGAUCAUUGCUGUCGCUUGGAAACUGCAUUAAUGCUCUUUGCUCAGAUCGUCCAAACCACAUUCCGUAUCGUGACUCUAAACUUACACGGCUUCUUAAAUUCUCACUAGGUGGCAAUUGCAAGGUAGUCAUGAUUGCCAACAUAAGCCCAGCCACAAUCCACUAUGAGGAAACUCAUAAUACUCUCAAAUAUGCCAAUCGUGCCAAGAAUAUU